GUUUGUCCACGCGGUCAAACUUUCUUGGAUUUGCCAUGAGAGGGCACGUGAGGUUUAAAAGAAUGGCAUAACGAAUCUGUUUGGAUGAAGGGUAGGCGCGAAUUUUCUUGAAAAUUCGUUGAUUGGUCGAAAUGAGUAGUCGCGCGUGGUACUCGCAAAUAGUGGGGUGAAGAAAGAGAUAUAGUCGUUUACCGUCAACGGCAGAGAGCGCUACGGUCGCGCGUCGUUCUUUGUUUCAUUUAGACGAUCAGUUCGUCUCGUCCAGCAGCGCAGAGAGGCCGGUCGAACAAGAAAAUUUCGAGAAAACGAGGGGUGUCAAAGCUAUUCGUAAUAAUUUCAACGACGCCGAACGUUACCCCGACGCUCGAAAGACGACGCGCAUUCUCCGCGACAUGCUAGGACGGACGUGAAGCUGUUCAGUAAACGCGUUGCGAUCGAUUCGCAAAUCGUAUCCCUGGAAAUAAAACGCGUAUUCGCGUAGUGUAAAAAAGUGUGCAAAGUGUGCGAGAGGAGAAAGGCAUUGGAGGUGAACAAGAAGAAAAGGAAUAGAAAGAAGAAAGUGCAGGAGGAGGAGGAAGAGGAAAAGAAAGUUGCGGUGGCGGUGGUGUAGAACGAAGAAGCAAGGAAGAACGAGCGCGGAACUACGUUUAGAUAGCGGCGGUAGCAUCGGUAUACCGAAGGUGUCGAAUCGUUGAACGGGCGGACCCAAGGAUUCGCCGUCUCUCGCUCCCAUCUCUCUUUCUCCCUUCUGUCUUUCUUUCUGCGCGUGUGUGUGUGUUACGUGUGAGUGUGUGCGUGCGUGCGUGCGUGAGUGAGUGUGUGUCUCGUACCGUUUCUACGUCACUAAGUCGCGCUCAUCGGCUAGCUUGCCGGUGCCGAAGAGAUACGGAGCGUGCACGUUUGUUCUUGUCCUCGAGGAAGGAAGAGAAAAAGGAAACGAACAAAACAGAAGAGAAGAGGAAGGAAGAAAGAGAAAAGCAGUGCUGCAGGAUAGGAGGUGGCGUAGUGCGAGUUGAAUCAACCGGCAUCAUCCACCCUUUCUCGUUCUCUCUUCGUAAAAGUUAUUGGACGCAACGGGAGGGGGGCCGCCCUUUUACGACAGAGUCUUCGUUUCUCGCGCGUGCUACGGAACCUCCAGCGUCUCCACCAUCACCUGCUUCUUCUCUUCCUCCUCCUCCCCCUCCCCUUCCAUCAUCACCUCCUAUUCCUCAUCCACCUCCACCUCCACCACCACCACCACCACCACCUUCUCCACCUCCAUCACUUCGUCUCGUCUCGAAAAAAUAUAUCCUUCCCUCUCCUCCCUCCUUCCCCUCUCUCCCAUCGAUCGAGCAGUGCAUGUGAGAGAGUGCGCCGCGUCGAGUUUCUUCUCGUCCGGCGCGCGUUUGUUUGUGCUACAACGAAACGGGGUUAACGGCGAAUCCAACGACGACGGCGGUGGUAGUGACGACGCAACGAGUUCUGCUUACGUCGGAGACGGUGGAGAGUUUCGGAGUAGGAUACGGCCAGGGUGCAGGCACGAGCACAGGCGACUGGAUGAAACCACCGGGGGAUCUCUUUCUUUACUGCGACAUGAAGGAUCUGGGAGCCGAUAUGAUCGCUCCCUCGGCAAAAAAGCUCUGGGGUGUGGACGAAGGCGGUUCCAAGGACGAGGGUGGUGUAAAAGGUGGUGGGAUACUUCACCUGGGCGACCACCAAAUGUGGCGAGAUUCCACUUGGAGCACCUCAGAUCAUGCAGUGUCACAACCAAUAUCGAUGGGUACGGGUAGACGUGUGGGUGUUGGGACCGGAUAUCAUCAUCAAACUUCAGAAGUUGGGACAGUCCUCAGCCCUAGAAGCAGUGAAACGGGUGGAUUGGGAGUUAAGAUGGUUGAAUAUGUACUUGGUUCAAGUCCCACAACACCGAAAGAUUUAGAACCACGAAUGGUCUCUCUUAGAUUGAAUACCGACACAGAUAAAAAAGAAAAAGACAAAGGAUCUGCUAGUCCUUUUGAUAGUUCGAAGGAUGAUGCUGGUCCACAAGGAAAUGGAUUAGCAUCGCAAAAUGGUCUUGACGAUGAUAAAGGUUUCAAUCGUACACCCGGUAGUCGUCAACCAUCUCCAGGCGAGGAAGAAUUUCAGAAAAAUGCUGCAGCAACGUUAGCAGUAAGCGCUGGCGGCGGUGGAGUCGUUUUGUUAAAACCAGGUGUUGAUGUUGUUGGAAGCGAGGAACAUUUUAUGGCAGCGUUUGCUCCAGCGCCACCACAUCAUCUUCAACAUCAUCAGGCUCCACCUACGCAUCAUCUUCAACAUCCUCAUUCUCAUGCGGCACAACUUUUUGGGGCGCAGGCGCCACCACCUCCUCAAGCUCCGCCACCUUCUCAGCAACAACAACAACAGCAAGGCCCACCUCAACCGCAAGACACUACAACUCAUUUUGACGUACAGCAAUUGUUUCGCAGUCAGCCGCAAGGUGCAACACCGCAACAACUUCAAUUGCUUCAACAGCAACAACAGCAGCAGCAACAACAACAAUAUCUGGCCGCGUCUCAGGCUCAACAGCAACAACAGCAACAGCAACAGCAACAACAAAAUUUUCCCACGGCACCGUACACCGUUAUCAGUGGACAAGAACCAUACGUAGGAGCUUUGAUAGCUGGUGCACCGCCACCAGUGGUACCUCAGUAUUAUGGAGUUGGCCCGUGGGUUUAUCCCGCUGGUCUACUACCGCAAGCACCUCCGCAAGCUGCGGCCCCACCGCCACCGAGACGACCCUUGACACCUUCCUCGGCAGCGGCAGCUGCGGCUGCGGCUCAAGACACCGCAAAUAAUUUGGCACAAACGGUUCAAGGUCAAUACCAGGUCAUACCAGCUUAUUACGAUCAAAAUGGAUCCAUAGUUAUGGGCGGUGUACGCGGCCUUAGUUCCGCGGCAACUCCGAUGAGAUUAGUCAGCCCAGCACCCGUUCUAGUGAACAGAGCUCCUUCUCAACCACCUCCUGGACCACCUGCUCCUCCGCCACCGAGUCUCUAUUCACAGGCGACUCCGACAUCCCAUAGUAAUGCUACGCCUGGUGAAUGUUUAGGUCUGGCAGCGUGCAGCGCAGCAGCGGUCGUUGCGCAAGCUCAGGCAGUUGCCGCACAACAAGCACAACAACAAGGAUCAGGACUUGCCGCAGGUCUAGCGGCUUUGGGAUACGGAGGUUCUCCUCUUGGAGCAUUGGGCUCUCCUGCCCAACUUCAAACAACAGGUUUGGGACUUGGAGCAUCAUCGACAGGAAGAAGGGAUUCCUUCGAUAGAAAUACAUCGGCAUUUAGCCCAAGUUUGGAGUACAGUCGAGCGAAAUGGCCACAAAGUUAUGGAGCUCUUGGUACAGUAACAGCUUCUCCGAGUCCACUAGGAUUAUCUUUGACUCCACCACCAACUUUGGGAGGAUCCUUGGGUGGACUUGUAGGAGGUGCGAAUCGAGUAUCAGCUGCUCCAGGUGCCGAAGCUAAAUUCCGUGCAAGCGCUGUACCAGCACUAACAGCUAAUGGCGUAUUUGGCUCGAGUAGUUCUCUUUUCCCGAAUUUGGUCGGUAAAGCUGGUCGUACGGGAGCUACGAAUAUCGGAGACAAAAAUGCUGGAGGUCGAUCUCGUCUUUUGGAAGAUUUUAGAAAUAAUCGAUUCCCAAGUCUUCAAUUACGUGAUUUGGUUAAUCAUAUCGUUGAGUUCAGUCAAGAUCAACACGGUUCACGUUUCAUUCAACAAAAGUUGGAACGUGCUUCUGCCAGUGAGAAACAUCUUGUAUUUCAAGAGAUACUUGCUUCUGCUUAUUCUCUUAUGACAGAUGUUUUUGGGAAUUAUGUUAUACAAAAGUUUUUUGAAUUUGGAACACCCGAACAAAAAUCUACUCUAGCGCAAAAGGUUCGAGGCCAUGUGUUACCUCUGGCACUACAGAUGUAUGGUUGCAGAGUAAUACAAAAAGCUCUUGAAUCUAUUGGACCGGAACAGCAACAAGAAAUAGUGCGAGAAUUAGAUGGGCACGUGUUGAAAUGCGUUAAAGAUCAAAAUGGAAAUCACGUUGUUCAAAAAUGUAUCGAAUGUGUCGAACCAAGAGCAUUACAGUUCGUUAUCGGAGCAUUUGCUGGACAAGUUUAUUCAUUGAGUACUCAUCCAUACGGAUGUAGAGUAAUUCAGCGUAUACUGGAGCAUUGCACUCCGGAACAAACACAAGGGAUCUUACAAGAAUUGCAUGCUGCCACCGAUCAGCUUAUACAAGAUCAGUAUGGUAAUUACGUCAUUCAGCAUGUACUCGAGCAUGGAAAGCCAGAAGAUAAAACACAAUUGAUCAGUAGCGUUAGGGGUAAAGUACUUGCACUUUCUCAACACAAAUUUGCAAGCAACGUCGUGGAAAAAUGUGUUACACAUGCUACGAGACAGGAACGUGCUGUUCUCAUUGAAGAAGUCUGCGGUUUCAAUGACAACGCGCUUAACGUUAUGAUGAAGGAUCAAUACGCUAAUUACGUGGUACAGAAGAUGAUCGACGUGGCAGAACCUGCACAACGUAAAGUGUUGAUGCACAAGAUUCGCCCGCAUUUAGGAAGUCUCCGCAAGUAUACGUAUGGCAAACAUAUAAUCGUUAAAUUAGAAAAAUUCUUCAUGAAGACAGCAUCCGCUAUGGGAGUAUCCACGCCAGCUGGUGCCUCGAAUAGCAGCGGAGAUCUUGGACCCAUCGGACCUCCAGCAUCCGCUGCUGGUACUGUUUCCACGCCGGCGCAACAGCCCACGCAGGUUUUAUAAGCGCACGAUUUUUGCAACUCUCUUCUCUCCCCCCCUCCCACCAAAUAAGCAGAAUUUUCACAUGCCCGACACAACCAUAUUUUACGGUAACAUCGAUUAGACUCAUUCUGCAUCAUCUGUUGACAUCAUCAUAUUGACGCAUUUCGAGAGUUACGUUACGAUUAUCUUUCUUCGUGUAUAAGAAACUAAGAAAGAAAGAAAGAAAGAAAGAAAGAAAGAAAGAAAAAGAGAAA